UACCAGUGUCGUGUACAGGAUUGGAUUUUUUCUAAAUAUAGAAGACUGGAGACGAGUUCCCUGUUACAAUGAUGCUUCUUCAAACAUUGCUGGUCAGCUGUUUCAUAGCAAAAUCCAACAUGGCGGACGAAUCGUUGUGAAUUUAUUCUUUAGCAAAUUUUUGAUUUUCAGUUUUCUUGUAACAUUCUUCUAUAAUGAUUAAGAGUUAAGGCAAAAUGCCGACAUUUGAAUGAAUAGUUUUUGGUAGUUUAUUAACAUUUUUGGGAAAUUUCUCUUUGAAAUUGCUGGUAACAUUGGUGAAGACACGUGAUGGAUGGAAACGUUUGCUCAGUUGUGGCUACUCUGCACGAGUUGAGGCUGUGUGCUCGGUGUAUUUUACGGUUUAUUGAUGAAAGAAAAUCUUCUUCCUAUGAAGAAUCAUACAAGAAUGUUCAAGGGUUGGUUUCCGAAAAGUAUGGAAUAGAGUUCAAAUCAAGGACAAAUGAGGAUGAGAAUAGUAAUGGUAUGGAAGUGAUUGAUGAUGACAAAACUAAUGAUAAACAGAAAACCGAAGAAUGUGCACACAUUUGUCCUUCAUGUCUCGGCAUUCUACAAGAACAAUGUGACGGAACUGUCAUCAAACAAAUUGAAGAGGAAGUCACAAAUUCAGGUUUUGAGAUUGAAAGUUUUACAUUCUCUGUGUCACUUCCUUUGUGUACCUUGGUAAGACAGCAUUCAAUAUUCCUGCAUUUAAAAGAAAAAUUCAGUGAUUUUUAUUCUGGUAAAACAUCGGUGGACAAUCUUCCUUCGAUAAAGGAGGUGUUUAAAUGGGUGUGUGGACCAGCACUUGGCCUGAUGUUGGGUGUGUUCUUCCAACAUGAGAGUUCAUUUCAGAUAUUGAUUAAAUUUGCAUACGACAAUGGAAAUGAAGAAUUAGAAUUUUUAACUGAAGUGGACCCCUCAAGAUUCAAGGAAAGAAAAGCUAAAAAGAGAGCACCAGUCAUUCCACUGUUUUCUGUGACUUCAAUACGCAAGGCUCUUUGUGACUUACAAACUGCUAAACAACUAAGAAAGUAUGCAUACUGUCCUCCUUCCUUCGCAAGAUACAAAUCGUACUGUGCUGAAGUUAUCUGUUCUCAUUCAUCAAUCCUACUAGCAGGAAGAUAUAACAAGUAUUCUAGAACGCUACCCCAGACACCAUGGAUCAUAGAUGGGGAACGCAUGCUUGAGUCUUCAGUACAGGAAAAAAUUUGUGAUAUUCUCUUAUCAAAGGUCCAAGCAGAUGACUGCAAGUUUUCAUCAGGUGGAAGAGAAGAUAUUGAUGUACGCAUGUUGGGAACAGGUCGGCCGUUUGUGGCGGAGCUUAUCAACCCCCAUAAAACUAUCCUGAGUAAAGAAUUCUUGGCACAUACACAAAAGGAGAUAAAUUUGUCUACCACAGAUGUAAAAAUAAGACACUUACAGGUCGUUACUAAGGAGGAGUAUUCAACUCUUAAAGAAGCUGAAAAUACAAAAACAAAAACAUAUAGUUGUCUAGUUUGGACAGAGAAAGAAAUAUCUGAAAAAGAUUUAGAAAAACUAACAGAAAUAAAGGAUUUAAAACUACAACAGAAAACCCCACUCAGAGUAUUACACAGGAGACCAUUAGCUGUCCGUGAGAAGGUUAUUCAUAGCAUGAGCACCGAGUGGAAAGAUUGCCACCACUUUACGCUGUACCUAAAGACUAUGGCUGGAACCUAUGUGAAAGAGUUUGUACAUGGAGAUUUUGGGCGCACUAAGCCUAACAUCGGGUGCCUUUUGAACCUGGAAGCUGAUAUCUUGGAACUUGAUGUAGAGUCAGUAGACGUGAAUUGGCCACCUCCACUAGACCCCUCACCGGAAGCAUUACCAUCAAGUGAUUGAACCGACGUCUAUCAAUGAUCUAUUCGACUCUUAUUUUGUUAUCAAUAAGCUAUUCUAAUCUUCACCCUUUUUUAAUGAAUUAUGAAGAUCUGUUCUUUAGAUCCCUCGCAGAGAUAUUGAAAAAUAACGAAAACACUUUUAUUUACAAGCUACAGCUAAUAUGAUCUAUUUAACCCUUAUUUUGUUAUAGCUA